GAACUUCCCGGAUGGAGUUUUGUCGCCAUAUUUGGUCGCCGGUAACGUUAGUAUACGAGGAUUUUAAGCUGCUGUUACUUUGCAUCCGUUUGCACAAACAAACAGCGUCUCUUACCUUCACUUUUCCACCUCCUCCCGGUCCCCGGUAACCAUGGCAGAUCAAGAGCACUUGGUUUACCAGGCUAAACUAGCAGAACAAGCCGAGAGAUACGAUGAAAUGGUGGAGUCUAUGAAGAGCGUUGCAGGAAAGGACACCGAGCUCACAGUAGAGGAGAGAAACCUGUUGUCGGUGGCGUAUAAGAACGUGAUUGGAGCUCGACGAGCCUCCUGGAGGAUCAUCAGCAGCAUUGAGCAGAAAGAGGAGAGCAAGGGAGGAGAAGGCAAACUCAAAAUGAUCCGCGAAUACAGACAAGCGGUUGAGAAUGAGCUGAAAUCUGUUUGCAAUGACAUACUGGAUGUACUGGACAAACACCUCAUUCCUGCAGCCAACACAGGAGAAUCCAAAGUUUUCUACUACAAAAUGAAGGGCGACUACCACAGGUACCUAGCAGAGUUUGCCACGGGUAAUGACAGGAAGGAAGCAGCGGAGAACAGUUUGGUGGCGUAUAAAGCUGCCAGUGACAUUGCCAUGAUUGAGCUCCCGCCCACACAUCCCAUCCGGCUCGGCCUCGCUCUCAACUUCUCCGUCUUCUACUUCGAGAUCCUUAAUUCCCCCGACCGCGCCUGCAGGUUGGCGAAGGCGGCGUUUGACGAUGCGAUAGCGGAGCUGGACACGCUGAGUGAGGACAGUUACAAGGACUCGACGCUCAUCAUGCAGCUGUUACGGGACAACCUGACGCUCUGGACCUCAGACACACAGGGAGACGGUGAAGAACAAACUAAAACGGUGCUGCAAGAUGCUGAGGAUGAAAAGCAGUGAGAUGUGACCGCCAACAUGCUAAACCCCCUUCUCUCCAGCUGUCUCAGUGUCUCUCAGUCUCUCUCUCUCUCUCUGUGUCUCUCAUGCAUCCCUGUCUCUCAGGGAGGCUCAUGGUGUCCUAGAGAAGAGAUCAGAUGCUGAAUGCUGGUUCUGUCCAUCACUUAUCAGUCUUUCCUCUCGCUUCUUGUUUCAUACCUUUGCUCUUAACCUAUUUGACCAUCUACACCAGUUUGG